GAACGAAUUUUACUUUCACCAUCGUCUUAUGAAUCAUGAAAAACCAGAGCUGUGUCACUGAGUUCAUAUUCCUGGGCCUUUUACAGGACUCAAAAGUUGAGAAAAUAUUGUUUGUUGUAUUUUCUUUUGUCUACCUUGCAACUAUUGGGGGCAAUAUGAUAAUUGUGAUAACCAUUAUAUACAGUCCUGCACUGCUGGGCUCCCCCAUGUACUUCUUCCUGAUAUUCCUGUCCUUAUUGGAUGCAUGCACUUCUUCUACUGUCACUCCAAAGAUGGUAGUAGACUUCUUCUAUAAAAGGAAGACCAUUUCCUUUGAAUGUUGUAUGAUACAGCUGUUUGCUGUCCACUUCUUCACUGGGGUAGAGGUGAUUGUUCUGUCAGCCAUGGCCUAUGACCGCUAUGUGGCCAUUUGCAAACCCUUACACUACUCUUCCAUUAUGAACCGGAGUCUUUGUGGAAAUCUUGUGGUAGUUGCCUGGGUAGGAGGCUUCUUGCAUUCUAUUAUACAAAUUACUUUCACUUUGCAGCUGCCCUUCUGUGGACCCAAUGUCAUUGAUCAUUACAUGUGUGACUUAUUCCCAUUACUGAAACUUGCCUGUACUGACACACACAUUUUUGCAAUUUUGGUGUUUGCCAACAGUGGGACAAUCUGUAUCAUUAUUUUUUCUUUAUUGGUUGUUUCCUAUGGUGUCAUCUUGUUCUCUCUGAGAGCCCAGAGCUCUGAAGGGAAAUUUAAAGCUCUCUCCACCUGUGGGUCUCACAUUACUGUUGUGGUUUUGUUCUUUGUCCCAUGCAUAUUAACAUAUGCAAGACCAACAUCUGCAUUCUCCUUUGAGAAGAAUGCUGUUGUAUUUACAACAAUCUUGACACCAUUGCUCAAUCCUAUGGUUUACACUUUCAGGAAUAAGGAAAUGAAGAAUGCCUUCAGGAAAAUGAGGAAGAAACUGAUAGUGAUUUCUGACAAAUAUUAAAUAUUAUCCUUGCUAUGCUGUGGAAAUGGAUGAGUGGGUAAGAACAUGCUGUGCAAAGAGAAGAACAUUGGUUUUGAUUUCCAACAACCAUGUCAGAAGCCAGGCAUCACAGUGCCUCUUAACCUAGUGUUAGUUUAGGACAGAUAAGUAGUUCCAGAAGCUCAGAGGACUACAUAUCUACUCAAACAAAGAGAUAUAAAAGUUCAUUCCAGAACUUAUCCUAAGGCAAUCAGGUAGUGUACAACAGAUGAACAUAAUCAAUGUCAUUUUAUGUACUUGUAUAUAUAUACAUGCACAAGCACAAACAGCAUACUAUCCUU